UUGAGCUGAUCGAAUUAAACAGUUGCACUCCAAGCAGCCUCUCCAUAACAUACGAGUAGCCCUCAACCGAAUCAGCUCCAUCCAUACCAUAUCCAACAUGUACAAAUACCUGUUCUGUCUGGCUCUCAUCGGUUGCGCCUGCGCCGACAACAUCAACAAGGAUGCCCAGAUCCGAAGCUUCCAGAACGACGCCUCUGAUGCGGAGGGCAACUAUCAGUUCGCCUACGAGACGAGCAACGGCAUCCAGUACCAGGAGGCCGGCAAUCCCAAUGGAGUGCGCGGUGCCCUGGCCUAUGUUUCGCCCGAAGGAGAAAAGAUCUCGCUCAGCUACACGGCCGACGAGGAGGGAUACCACCCAGUGGGCGACCACUUGCCCACCCCGCCCCCAGUUCCCGCCUAUGUGAUGCGCGCUCUGGAGUACAUUCGUACGCAUCCCCCGGUAGCCGUUCAGAAGGACCAGUAAUCUGCUGGGAGCCCCAUCGACUACCACAUAUAGCACCGCCAGCGCUACCACCUCUACCACCAGACUCCAAGCUGCGGCCAGUCAUUGUUAUUUAGAGACAUACAUUCGUAUAUUUUUUUUUUUUUGUAGUUAUCGUUAAUAAAGCCCGUCAAUAAGGAAAGCAA